UUCUUCGGAAGUAGCGCGUCUGAAACCAGGAGCAUUUCGUGUCCCCCGAAGCGACCGAAGGGCUUCACGUAUGACUUGUUUCUUACGAAAGAGCGGAUUAUGACACAAGAAAGAAGAAGUCGGGAGACGUGUCAAGGAAAACCAAACAUUCGUGGCGCCGUUAAAGCCGUCAACAUCGUUGGACAGUGAACAAUGCAUGACCUGACUGCCCAAGUCACCAGCAGCCUGCUGCCUUUCCCUGGAGUGACUGUAGAUGCUCUAGGGGAGGAUGACAUCGCUCUAGACUCGGUUCUUCAAGGGAACUUCACUGUUGGUCGCAGCGGCCUGGCCUGGCUAGUCUGUGGCCCCCAUCUGGAGGUUGUCCAUGCAGUGACAGGAGAACGGCUGUCGGCCUACUGCUUCAGUGGCGGAGGGGAGCAGCCACCCACUGUCCUUGCUGCCAGGGACUUCAGCUGGCUCAAACGGUCUGGUCUGCUGGUUGGCUUGGAGGAAGCAGAGUGUAAUUUGCUGUGUCUCUAUGAUUUGGGACUGUCGAGGGUGGUCAAAGCUGUGGUCAUACCAGGCAGGAUUACAGCCAUUGAGCCGUUGGUGAGUUAUGGUGGAGCAAGCACUUCGACACAGCACCUCCACCAGAGUUUGCGCUGGUUCUUUGGCAUCGCUGCUGUAGUGACAGAUGUCGGUCAUGUUCUGCUUGUGGACCUCUGUCUCGAUGACCUGUCCUGCAGCCAGAGUGAACUGGAGGCUUCAGCCCUGCAGGUAGUGACCAAAUCUCCUGCUGAGAUCCCCAGACUCAGAGAAGUCAGCACCAGGCAAGGCAGACAUCUUUGUCUCCAGCUGAAUGGGCCCAGUGGAGUGGGAGCAACAGCUCUGCAGUACAUCUCCAGGACCAAUCAGUUGGCAGUUGGAUUUUCAAAUGGAUACUUACAGCUGUGGAACAUGAAGACACUUAAGAAAGAAUACAACUCCCUGUUAGAAGGUGGCGAUGUGGCUGUGUAUGCCUUCACCUUUCAGGAGCCCGAGAAUGACCCCAGGAACUGCUGCUACCUCUGGGCAGUCCAGUCGUCUCAGGAACUAGAAGGGGAUACUGUCAGCCUCCGUCUGCUUCAGCUGGCCUUCAGUGAACGGAAGUGUCUGCCUUCUGGCAAAAUCCUCUAUGAGGGUCUGGAGUACUGCGAGGAACGCUACAGUCAGGAGUUAAGUGGCGCAGCUUUCCCUCUCAGGGCUCAGACCACAAACACCCGUCUGCUGAGCUGCCAGACCAUCGAGAAAUUCCGACCCCACCCUGACAGGGAUGACAGCAUGAACGAGGUUGCAUCUCCAGACACCAGUGUUUCUAUCUUCAGCUGGCAAGUCAAAGCCUAUGGUCAGGGAAAUCUAUCGACCUACAUCGGGGUAUUUGACAUCAAUCGGUGGUACCACGCACAAAUGCCGGACUCUUUAAGAAUCGGGGAGUCUCUGCAAAACUGUCCCUACCUGGCAGUUUGGUCUCUGGACCCAGUGGUGAAGAUGGUGUCCCCACACGCUCUUCUGGAUGUGGUGGUGCAUGACCGCAGCUUAAGCAGGGGUCUGCCCUUCACAUGUCCCCCACCAGAACAAUAUUUUAACCCCACUACAUACAACUUUGAUGCUACCUGCUUGCUCAACUCUGGGAUCGUUCACUUAACCUGCUCUGGGUAUCAGAAAGAGACUCUGAGCUUUUUGAAGAAAGCUGCUCCUUGUUCCAGUGAUUCCAUCUCCACUAGCUACUCUCGCUGCCUCAUGUCUGGCCUACUCUCCGCUCGCCUGUCUGACACUCAGGCCUCCAGUCUCUCUCAGGAGGAGCAGCUGGAUGCCAUCUUGUCAACAGCAGUGGAGACCAGCUCCCUGGGACUGAUCACUGGCUGUAUAAAGCAGUGGACUGCAGAAGAACAACCAGGCUCUGCACUGAACCUGCGCUACAUCCUGGAUUGGGCCUGGAACAAAGUAGUUCAGACGAAGAAGGAACUGGACGGCAUCUGUGCACCGCUGUUUGACAGCUCCUCCAACUUUACAGACCCUCAGACCUUACAGUUGCUGCAGCACUGCCAGAGACUGCUGGGUAACCUCAGCACCAUCUUCCACUGUCUGCUCAAUGAAGCUCAGGAGCUCACACAAAAAGGUCUGAUGGGGCUGAUCAACAAGAACAUGGUGUCCAAUCUGAUUUCCAAGUACGCUCAGGUGGUCCUCUGGUUCUGUCGUACCGGCUUACUGCCCGAGGGAUCAGAUGACGAUGCCCUCCAAAUCUCCAGGCCUUUCUACACCCACUCGGUCAUCAGCAACUAUUAUACUAUACGCAGAGAGGAGCUCACCAGACUCUCUAAGGGGAAGUGGUGUGCAGACUGCCUGAUGAUUGACGGUUUGGUCGGUCAGUGUGGUGAACGCUUGACCAACCUGUGGAAAAGGGAUGAGGGUGGGACUGGCCAGUAUCCUCCACCUACAUUACAUGCCUUGUUGGACAUUUAUCUGCUGGAAAACAUUGAUGAAACUGCCAAACAUUCAAUCGUUAUUUACCUGUUGCUGGAUGUCAUGCACUCCUUCCCCGACAAGGACGGAGCCUCAGUGCACUCUUUUCCCUCAGCCUUUUCCAUCCCUGUUGGGCUGGUGAAACUAGUACAGGGACUCUGGUUGCUGGACCAUCACGGCCAUCAGAGUUCAUUUGAGCUGCUCCUGCAUCCAGCUGCCUCUCAGUGUCAGUUUGAGUGGCAACACGAGCGUGUCCUGAACGCUCUCAUGUGCCAGGGCCAGCACUCGAUCGCUCUGCGAUAUUUCCACAUCACAAAGCUCCCGAUUUCCUCCACCUCCCAGGCCAAACUCUGCCUGUCUGUACUGCUACACAACAGGUGUCUCAUAGAGGCGUGGUCUUUAGUUCGGCAGCAUUCUAACCGCCUCAAUAUGGCUGAGCUGAUGGGCUUCCUGUACGAGAGCUGCCAGGAGCUUGGCCUGAUCAAGGAGCUGCUCAAACUGCCCCUUGGUCUAAGUGAACAGGAGUGUUUGGAGAAGUUUCUUCAGAGCACAGGAGGUCUCCAAAACAGAGAAUUACUGAUGGUUCAUUACCUCCAACAGUCCAACUACAUACCUGCUCUGCAGCUCAACCACAGCCUUAAAAUGGAUCUAAUGAAUGAGCGAGACCCAAAGCUGAAAGAACGAAUCAACACCAGAAACUCUAUAAUGGAUCAGUAUGGGAAAGUUUUGCCCAGAGUCCAGAGGAAACUGGCAAUGGAGAGAGCCAAGCCCUACCAGCAUCCAUACACCAUUCACAGAGAGGUUUCUCGACCGCAGCCACUGUCGACUAUUACCAAGCGCUCUGCCAGUGAGAAAGUGAUGUCCAGGGCUGGAUUUAUCAACAGCGUCCUGACCAAGAUUGAGGAGGUGUGGUUAGGCAAAGGUGCAACACCACAGUCCUCCCCAUCAAACAACUUCAGGUCAGCUGAUAUUCGGAGUCCGAGUCCCAGGUCCUCGUCUUCAGCUCUUCCUGAUCCCUUCCUCAGAACUCCCAUCAACAUGACCUCCAAACGAAAGUCAAGGCUGAUGGACUUGGUGGUUCAACCCACCUGUCAGAGCCCUCAGCCACUUCUCAGCACCCCCAGACCCCCCAGCUCAUGGGUUUCUCCAAAGAGCAUCAGCAAAGCGCCUGAGCUGAGUCUACUGCAAACACCACAGGUCGUCAAGCGAGCUCGGGCCUUGGCUGCCUCUGGCCCGGUGUUCUCAGCCUUCACCCCACAGUCCAUCCUCCGCAGCAGCCUGAGGCCAACACCUGUCGCCACCCCUUCUGCUUCUCCAAGGCGCUCCAUCACCCCACCGCUCCGCAGCAAAGAGAGCCGCAUCACUUUCAUCGAAGAAGCAGAAUCUCCUGAACCAGAGAAGGGCAUCAGAUGGACCAAUGGGAUCGCAGCAGACAGUGAGAUCAGCUUGCUGACCAGAAGCCCCAUAAUGUCAAGGGCUACAGCUAAAAGCUGGUCUUCACAGCCAGCUGAAGAGGAUGCAGAUGAGGAAAGGGAACAACCUCAUGUGACGUUCUUGCCUCCUGAAGACGGGGUCCCCUCACCUCAACUGAGAGGCUCUGAGAGUGAGUCAUCCUCCAUCCAUGAAGCUGUAGAAACCAAACCGUCAGAUUCAACGCAUGCUCAAAUCAGCCUGAGCUUUGACACCAGUCAGACAUCUGUCCAGUCAAUAGACACCACCCUCGAGUUCUAUGAUGCACCUUUAUCACAAGAACAGGAAAUAGAGGAAGAGCACGUAGGCACAGAGGAAGAUGAAGAGGUAGUGACACUAAACAUUAAAGCUUCAACUGAAAAUGAAGAAACAGAGGAGACACACUCACCAGCCACUGAGCCAUCCCCAGUUCAGACGUCAGAGAAUAUAGAGAAGGAAGAAGAGGAAGCACAGGAAGAUGAAGUUAUGGAGAUUGGUCUUGAUGAGGAGGUGGAAAAUGAAAAGGAGGACGAACAAGAUGUUGAGUCAAGUAGCAAAGAAGAUGCUGCAACUAUUGACCACGAGGAGGCACCUAGUCAAGUGUUUAACCUGGUAACUGAGAUCACAGAUUCUGGAACAGAGGUCGAAUCUCAGGAUCAACCAGCGAUCGCCCCCGAACAGGAAGUCCUGGCAAUUGUCACUGAAUCCAUAGUGGUCACCCAGAAUCUGAAACCUUUAGAAGACACAAACGAACCCGAGGAGGAUCUGGAACAAUCAACAGAUCUGACUGAGUUUGUGCAGCAGCAGCUGUUUGGCAGCGACCUGUCUCCUCCACUCACCCGCUCAGGAAUUCACAAUGCAUCACAGAUGCAGAUGUCAUUCGACAGAGAGUCACUAGGUGAGGUUGAAGAGGAGGAGCAGGCAGCUGUCGAACCUCCCCCAGUGUUCACCAGCCAGAAAUCAAACGCCUCCGUGACUUCCUCUGAGCCGACUGGCACGGACUCCCACUCUGUUGUGAGUGUAAAUGACAGUGAAGAACUCUCUAGCCCUGUGUCUGAGGAGGAGGAAGAAGAUGAUGAUGAUGAAGAAGAGGAGUCUGAUCAAGCUGAGGAAGAAGAAGAGGAGGAGGACUCUGGUAGUGAGGUGGAGAUCAUUGAGGAGGUGCAGGGCAAUGGGAGGCUGCCACCCCUCAAAGCUAGUUCAGUGUUUGUACAACAAGGACACACACACUUCCUGCCGAGUCUGUUGGAGCAGGAGGCUGCAGAGUUCUCCCUGAUCCCACCCGGAGCAGAGAUGAAGAUUGUAGAGGAAGACAUGGAGGGGGAUGUGGUGAUGGUUAGACUCGGGGAGAAUGAAGAAGAGAUGGAGGUAGAGGAUGACGAAGAGCAGGGCUCGUCAUACAUGGAGCUUAAACCCUCCACCACUCUUCUGGUUCCUCUUGAACUUGUGGAGGGACAACACGGCCUGGUUGAUAGUGCUCAGCUGGAUCUUCCUGUGAUCCAUCAAAUGGUUGUGCCAGAGACUGAUACUCACUGCGACUUCUCUCUGAUGCUCGAUAUGGACGAGGGUGAGAAUAAAGAGGCGGACAAGCUGCUUAUUGAGAAUGAUCUGCCUCCCUCCGAUCUCUCCACCCAGCCUCCAGUAGAGGAGGCUAGUGAGGAGCUUGUGGUGAAACCUGAUGUUAUAAUUUUGGGAACAGAUGACCAGGAUACACCCCUGUCUGAGGAAGUAUCACUAGAUGACCAGAGGUUAGAGAUGGACAUCCUAGAUUCAAAUGAGGUUGAUGGACUGACAGAAUUAGAACCUGUAGAAUUCCAAACUGACCAACAGGCUGAAGACACUGAUGCAACUAAGGAGAAAAAUGUGCAGGAGGAUUCUGAGUUGGUAAUGCUGGUUGAAGAUCCUGAACCUGCACCAACUCCAGAGGGAGAACUCUCAAGAGUUGUGGACGACAAUGAGUCUGAGGCCAAAAAAGAUGCUAUUGAUGAGAAGCGAGAGGAGGAGGAGGAUACACCAGCACCCGAGGACCAAGAAGAACCUGAAGAGAAGGGGCCUGUUAUUAUAGAUGGAGAGAUUGUACCCAGUACAGAGAUGGUGCCUGCUAUGGUGGAGCAUCUGAAGGACAGCAGAGUCUUGGAAACAGAAGAGCUUAACAGAGAGGAAGUCACAGUAGAGGAGGAAACAAAAAGGUCAAUGGAAGAGCUCAACAGAGAGGAAAUCACAGAAGAGGAGGAAACCAAAAAUGCUAUAGAAGAGCUCAAAAGAGAGGAAAUCACAGAAGAGGGGGAAACAAAACAGACGAUAGAAGAGCUCAACACAUAUGAAAUCACAGAAGAGGGGGAAACAAAACAGACGAUAGAAGAGCUCAACACAUAUGAAAUCACAGAAGAGGGGGAAACAAAACAGAUGAUAGAAGAGCUCAACACAAAUGAAAUCGCAGAAGAGCAUGAAACAAAACCGACGAUAGAAGAGCUCAACAGAGAGGAAAUCACAGAAGAGGGGGAAACAAAAAAUACGAUAGAAGAGCUCAACAGAGAGGAAAUUACAGAGGAGGAAACAACAAAGAAAAAGAGGGGGAGACCAAAAGGAAAAAAAAUUGAAGAGACGCCUGUGAAACAGGUCUUGAUCUCAAAUUGCGAGCCAGAGGAACGUCCUGUACCGGAGACCCCCACUUCCCAAAAGAAGGAGACUCCUUCCACCCCAACACGGAGAACAACAAGAGGGAGGAGAGCUGUCACUUUUAUCUCGCCUCUCCAAGAGGAAACGGAGGAAGUUGUGAAAGUGGAGUCAGAGAUGAGGCCGGUCCCUGCCACACCUCGUCAGACUCGUACACCCAGAAAAACCAAUGUCCAAGCCAGCCCGCCUCGAAGAAGUACCCGCAAAGCUCUGCCAGAGCCUCCUAAAGACAAGGAUGAAGACGAGGAGGCCGUGGACAUCACAACGACAUCAACCUCCAAGGCCUCUUCUCCAGCCAGACGACAGGUUUCCCAGAGGACUUCUUCUACAAAGGCCACCCUAAGGGCCCAGACUGGCAGUAAGGAGCAGCCUACAGCUACAGAAGUUGAGUUUAAGGAUGAGGACCUAGACAAAGAGUUCACACAGAUAAAAAUUGGUCGAAGAACGAGCUCCAAGACUCGUACUCCUUCCAAACCUAGUGUCACACAGGGCAACACUCCUCGAAAGACCAGUCGCAGGAUACUGAGCAGCAGUGAGUUGGAGACCUCAACAUUGGAGAUCUUGGAAGAGGAGAAUGUACAGGAAGAAGUUUUUGCUCCCACUUUCAAACGCAGCUCCAGAAAGAUAAAGAAGGAGGCGUCUGAGACCCAACCAGCACUGCUGGCGGAGGAAGAGGUGGGGGAGAGACGCCAACCUCCCAGCCCUGGCAGGACGACUCGACAGUCCAGCCGGGUCUCCCUGAAUGUUUACCCACAGGUGAAACUGGUUCCUAUAUCACUUCCUCAGAGUGCAGGAAAUGCAAGCCAAGGGACAAUUAAAACUGAAAACAUAAGAGAAAGCCAAGACCUACCCGAGUCCGAGCAUAACGGCAACGCCAGUCGCACCAACUCCCGUCGACCAACCAGGAGCAAACUGUGGGACAACCCUGAGGAAGAUCUCCCCUUGUUGGACUCUCCAUUAGAGGUGGAUUCUGAAACCCCUGUGGCAGAUGCCCUCAUCAAGAGACUGCAGGAUGAGGAGAAGCAGGAAGGAGGAGGAGUUGUCUCAAAGAUGAUGAGAAACCGCAAGAGGAGUACGAAGUCGUCGACGGAGCAGGUUGACAUCCUGGUUCCCGAACCCGCUGAGGACGAGUCCAGUCCAGGCGAGCACUCAAUCAUCUACUCCCCCUCACGAAGGAGAACAAGAGCCCAUAGAGAAGAGACUCCAGCUCCUGUCACUCGCAGCAGGCGACGAGUCCAAGAUGUUGAUCCUCAGGAUGCAGCUGCUUCAGAAGAAGAUAACGUGGAAGUGGAGAAAGCAGCGGGUGUUUCUAAAACCAGAAAGACCGGCAAACAAACAGCCAAAUCCAAAGGCGAUUCAGAGCCACCCCCCACAGCCGAGGUGGACCUGAUCUCGCCUCUGCCCAGCCCGGCCGAUCCACUCCCACGAACGCAGAAGAGGGUAAAAGGAGGAGAGGUCGCGACCUCGGGCAUGAACCUGCGACGCAAACGCAUAAUGGAGACCGUCUUCACAAAACCCGUCACCCGCAGGAAGAAGCUGUAAGGGGGUCGGCGGUGUGUUUUAACCAGUGAACCUCAGACAGCCGCCUCAAGAUUUAAACCAAGUCGGUGUAAAAAACACAAAACGAACUCUGUCCUCGAAUGCUUCAAAGCUGCAGUCGUCUCUGUAUGUUGACCUUUCCGUGUAGGACAAUAAAAUAAAAGCACCGACAGGACUUUAUUUCUGGAGUUUACUUGUUCCGCUCGUACUAACUUGAUUUCACUUGAUGUUGUGUCUGAGGCCAUUUUGUGACGCUCUUUGUAAUCGGCUUAAUUGUCUGAGCACAGAACGGAACGAGGGAACGUAAUCACUGAAGGUUUUUAGCAGCGUGCGCUCAUAAAACCCAGAGACUGAAGAGAACCUUCCUCUGAUGAAGGUUUUAUUUACAUUCUCUUAAAUUUUAAGUUUUUUUUUUUUCUUUGUUGUUUACUUUUAAGACUUUGAUGCCUGCUGUUUUUUCUAUUUAAGAAGAAAAGCAACCAACCCAGUGGAGAUGAAAUAUUUCUACUGCUAUUGUAUAUAGUUUUUUUGCUAUGUUCCAAAUAAAGAUAUUAAAUAAAUCCUAAAGAAUUAUUUUCAUUUUGCAUUCGAUCAUCUAAGCAGCCUGCCUAUGCCACAGUCUUAAGGUACACUCAGUUGAUUUGGGAGGUUUUCUGUGAACCAGGCACAGCCUUGUUCACUAUUCCCAACAGAAGUGGACUGUUUUGUACGUCAUUGGGAUGUUGUAUAUUGUGAAAGAGGGGGGGGACUUGCACAGCAUUUGGAGUUGCUCAACUCGUUUUGGGAUUUGUUAAUAGGCUUGUUUGAUUAGAUUUACACCAUUUGUCACACAGGCUAUUUUCUGAUGACUGUACGUAGAAUGUCUUAUUUUUGAUUACUGCUCUUUGAUAAAUAUGGCAAUGCUUGAAAACCUA